AUGGCUUUCGUCAGCUUUGUACACAGUGGGGAUAAUUGUAUCUGCUCCAUCGUCUCAGCCCCAUCAGAGCAGUUGAGGUUGAAAUGUGAUUCAUCAAGUGAAGCUUUUGUUAUAAUCAGUAAGGAUAACGACCUGCGCUGGCUACUGACCGGUUCUGAAAAGAUCCUGGACAGCCUGCUGGACAUGAUGGAGAUGGACCUGGGGGUUCUGUUUGGGGCAGUGCGUUGUGUGGUUAUUCCCACCACCUUGAGGGACUCGCUCAGUUCCAUUCUGACCAAGGCCAUCACACCCAACCUGGUGUUCUCCAUCUUGGUGGCCCAGCAGCAGCUAGUGACCAUGGUGCAGGAGAAAGCCGUCAUUGAGGAUUGCCGCCUAGAUCCUGCUGACCUCCAUCUCCUGCUCAACCUCAUCGGGGCUUCUUCUGCAUUUCAGGCGGGGGAGAUUUGGACACCCAUCUGCCUUCCUCGUUUCAACCCUGAUGGUUAUUUUUAUGCCUAUAUUUCCUACUUGGACCCACAAUGCACUGUGUGCUUGGUGCUGCUCUCCACCGAUAAGGAGUCCUUCUAUGCUGUGUCUGGCUGCAAGAGGAAGAUCCAAAGUGCUAUGGAAUACCAGGGAUCCCUGCAAGCCCUGGCUGGGGCUAUACGAUACUGCUCCUAUAGCGCCUCCCUGGUGGGAAUCCUACAGCUACUGCACUUUGUUUAUAAGCCCCUGGAUGUAUCGGAGACUUACCAGCAACUCCCUCAGUUCAUCAGCCCAGAAGCUGACAGUCCGUACAGCAACGAGCAGGAGAGACAGAGGUUAUUUGAUGUGUACCGCUACCUGUACUGUCACAUGCACAACUCCUCCCGCCCCCUGCGCCUCAUCUACCAUGUGGCUGAGAAGGAGACCCUGCUGGCAUGGCCACUCUCUAAAUGUUGGUGGGACUGCUGAUUUCCAUCGCUUAGGGAUUAUCGCCUUUGCUGAUUAUAGUAAUUGCAGAAUCUUGAGGAAUCUCAAUCAUUAACCCGUUUGGCCAAUGCCUACGUUGUGAAUCGAAGCUAGGAUGGAAUAAAUCCCUUUUGGUCAGUAUGUAUUAAUUCUGUUUCACACCUUCCCCUUGUUAUUGAAAACUAAAGCUUUCUAAUCUGGUGCCAGUGGAUUGAGGAAGGAAGGAGUUUAGCUGCAUGUCAAGCUACACACGACCCCAGGGUAACAGGUAGUGAGGACAGAACAGUAAAACAAUGGUUAUCAAGCAGGUGGAUCAAACUGUAGCUUUACUGCAUGCACAGUGAAACAAAGUCAGAGCAAAUCACACUGCACAGGCAAGAUUCUAGGACAGCGAUCCACAUUCAGCCACUGCUACUAAGUGACAGUAGCCAAGAGAAGUCACAACAGCUACAGCAGGCUAAAGGCUAAUCCACUGUCACAUAAUGUCACCUUCAUUAACAACUAGAUCCAGGGCACCCCUAGGCCGGCUGCCAUUUGUCGCCCCCAUCCCCUCCCCUUUAUUCGCACACAUUUGCAUAAUCAGGACAGGAGCAAUGAGGAUGGGUGCACAGGAAAUUUUAAAAACGAUUGUAUCUCGGCAGAUCCUGCUGCCCUAUACUUGGGCCUUGGUGGCCUCUCAACAAAUCCGGACCUGACUAGAUGACAAAUUGCUGGUUCCUCUCAGUGCUCCUUUGUUACAGAAGUGGCUAAGGCACGGGCCUUCUUUGCUGAAAAGGAGAUGGAAGCAAAAAUAGAGAAAUGAAAGUGAAGAGCUCACGCUUAGAAGCAUCUCUAAAAAAUCUGGGCAUAGAUAGGGAAGCUGCUGAGGAGACAAUCACAUACCCUGACAACGCAAAACACAGCAGGGUGCCUGAUCUGAAGGUUGAGCCCCAAGACCCAGUGUACGUCUGCAUAAGUCUAGCAGCACUCCAAAUGGUGUUUUAGCACAAGGAACAGGUCAACACGCUACCCCAUAGCCAAACCAAGGAUGCCAUACACCUCCACACGCCAACAGCAAGUCACAACUGCACCAAAAGGGCAAUGCUGAGCAAAGUGAACCUGCAUACAGUCACCACACCAGCCAACUAUCCAAGCCUAGGGGUAUCCCCACAACUGCCCCCUCUGCUAUGAUAAAGAGGUAUGUCACAAAGCAGCUGGAAGGAGAACCUCCAGACAGGUAUGACUAUGCACCACAUUCUCACUAAUACACUCAUCUAACUACCUAUCCUGGUGCCAACCAGGCCACAAUGGUCUUUGCCAAGUUCCUUGUAUGAAGCAAGUUAGUCACAAAAGGACUUAUAAAGUUAGACCUCCUACUCAAAUACCUACAAACUGAGUCUGCAGAGCAUGCCAAAGGGAUCAGGGUACACAACAUAAAUCACCAAGAGACUGGUCUCUGAAUGAUCUGGCACAUACUUAACGACAUACUUAACGACUACUAUGGCUCGGGAGAGGUAGUAGCAAAUACACUUUUUAAAAGAAUCAGUGACAUCCCUAAACUAUCUAAUAAAGGUUACCAAAAACUUAGGGAACUAAGGGACUUGUUAAUGGAACUACAAGUAGCCAAAGCCGAAGGGGAUUUACCAGGGCUUGCAUUCCUUGACACAGCCAGAGGUGUUAACCCCAUAGUGCAAAAAUUGCCCUACAAUUUACAAGAGCAGUGGAUGGCACAUGGGUCACAAUACAAAGAGGUGCACGAUGUUCCAUUUUCUCCCUUCACCGUAUUUGUAGACUUUGUAUACCGACAAGCUAAGAUGCCAGUUUUGAUAUCACUCUACCACGUUCUACCCUUUCAGUACCUAACGCUUGCAAAAUAGCAGUAACAAUUCACAAAACAAAUGUUUUCUCUGCAGAUUCUUCCUACAGGUCAGUUGACAUCUCUCACCAGGAGACAAAGAACAAAGACCCUGGUAAGCAGUGUCCCCUACAACGGAAGCCUCACUCCCUUCUGAAAUGCAGAGCCUUCAGAGAAAAGCCCAUAGUGGACGCAAAGCCUUCUUAAAGGAAAGCAACAUCUGCUGCAAGUGCUGCUCAACUAUAUCUCAUCUUGCCAAGGACUGUAAGACUCAGCAUUUCAGAACCUGGACUGUCUGUACUCUACCAUCUUGGAACCUCGGCCUGCUGUACCCGCCCAGUUUGGAACCUCGACUUUCUGUACCCGCCCAGCUUGCAACCUCGACCUUCUGUACACGCCCAGCUUGGAACCUCAACCUUCUGUACACGCCCAGCUUGGAACCUCGACCUUCUGUACACGCCCAGCUUGGAACCUCGACCUUCUGUACACGCCCAGCUUGCAACCUCAACCUUCUGUACACGCCCAGCUUGGAACCUCAACCUUCUGUACACGCCCAAGCUUGGAACCUCAACCUUCUGUACACGCCCAGCUUGGAACCUCAACCUUCUGUACACGCCCAGCUUGGAACCUCGACUUUCUGUACACGCCCAGCUUGGAACCUCGACUUUCUGUACACGCCCAGCUUGGAACCUCAACUUUCUGUACACGCCCAGCUUGGAACCUUGUCCUUCUGUACACGCCCACCUUUGAACUUCUGUACUCAGCCAUCUUGGAACCUGGACAUUCUAUACUCGGCCAUUUUUGAACCUGGAAUUCUGACAUUUUGAGUAACUUAUGUUAAGGACAUCUGGAGGAAUUGAACCUGGAAUUCUUUGUAUGUUAAGCAGCGCACUAAGCCACCGAGCCAUCACAGCGCUGGAUGCAAAGUCUCCAUUCUUUGUAAAGGUAUAGUUAAAACAAGUUAAGACAGCACUUUAAAGUAAUUAUUUGUUAAAGCUCCUUGGCCGGAAUUGAACUCAGAACCUCUACGAUGGAAGACGCACCUCUAGCGCCUGUGCUAUUGCAGCAAUUGAUAGAAACUCUUGCUUCUUUGUAAAUAUAUUGUUAAAAGACGUUAAGACAGUACUAUAAAUGUAUCAUUUACCCAACUUUCAA